UAAAAGCAGUAGGCCAACUACGGCCGUCAUUCGGAACCUAGCCAGCUAGCGAGACGGGCGACUCAGACACGGUCGCGGGCGGCAAGAGGGGGUUCCGUUUUUGGCACGUUCCGGCUCCGCAAUUUCUCAAAUUAACCUGGAUUCUAGGAUCAACUGUCGAUAUCGACGUGCCACAAUAUGUGCAUGGAUCCAUCGCUGUCAAGUGCAGAAUCGUACUACCAUGCUGCUAUGUGUUUUUUGUAAACAUCUUGUCGAGUGCACUCAGCAUGCGGAGAGAGGAGAGUUGCCGCCUUUAUUCACCAAGAAAUAUGUCUCUGUUCUAACUGUUUUCGUUCACACGUUUAUAUGAUUUCCUGCUCGAUCAAAUACGACUGUUCAGUUGUUUUGCUCUUUACCAACUCACUGGAAACGGUCUGUCUCAAAAUGCACAGAAGACGACUUACGUUAAGAACAGAAACUUUGAUUAUGAAGAGUUAAAAGUGUGGUGAGUCAUCAAGGAAGUUUGGAAUCUCAAACACUAUUUUGCAUUCAUACUUUAAAAGGAAAGUUGAGUACCUUUGGCAAAAUGGAUUGCAUGGAUACAGCCUCGGAUAGUUUCUCCACCAAUUGUUCUUUGGAGAAUUGUACAGAAGAGGAGACUACGAAGUCGGUGACCCAAAUUCGAGAUUGGGUGGCGGGAAUUUUCCUUCUGAUCGUCUGCAUAACGGGUCUGAUUGGCAACAGCAUGGUCAUCUUUGUGGUGCUACGCUACGCCAAAAUGAAAACCGUCACCAAUUUGUACAUCUUGAAUCUGGCCAUAGCCGAUGACCUGUUUAUGAUCGCCCUUGUGUUUCUGUCUAUUGCUACCCUGGCUGGUAACAAUUGGAUAUUCGGCCCCGUUCUGUGCCAUGUGGUCUUCGCAAUUGACGGUCUCAACCAGUUUACCAGCGUGUUUUGCCUGACCGCCAUGAGCAUGGAUCGCUACGUUGCCGUAUGCCACGCUCGAAGGGUCCGCGGGUAUCGGACUCUUCGCCUGGCAAUCUGCGUGAACUUCGGCGUAUGGUUCCUAGCCCUUGCCGCUGCCAGCCCGAUGAAUAUAGUGACACGGUACACCGUUUACAACGGUACACCACUGUGUUAUUUCAAUUUCGAGUCUGUAUUCGGUAAAGACGCCGUCGUCAUAACUCAGAAACUGUUCAUGAUUUACACGACUUUGAUGGGACUUGUUAUUCCUUUAGUCAUCAUUUCCGUGUGCUAUUCGAGCAUUGUGGUGCGCCUCAAGAAAUUAGGAACCCGCACGGGAAAGAUGAAGAAAUCACGAAAGGUAAACCGUCUAGUGUUUUUCGUAGUGCUCGCCUUCUUCAUGUGUUGGUGGCCGUUUUAUGUAUGGCGAACUAUAGUGGUGUUUGUACCGUGCCUUGGGCAACAGUGGUUUAAUGGCCUCGUACUUGACUUUACGAUGUGUUUGGGUUACCUUAACAGCUGUGCAAAUCCACUCCUCUACGGAUUCCUUAGCGGGAACUUCAAAAAGAGUUUCCGUAAAGUGUGGAACUGUACACAGGAAACGGAGAUACAAAACGGUCAACGCCGUGCCCCGGCCCAUCCUAUGUAAUGUUUGAUCACAAUCGAUUUAUGUUACGGAAAAAGUUGACUUGUCUUGAUAAUAUAUCUCGCCAAGACAUCUUAUUUUGUGGAAUAAGUCGAGUUGGCAUGAUACUGAAUCUCACCAAGACGACCCAUUUAAUUAUAAGAAUUCGACUUGUCUAAAGAGUUAAUUCGCCUAAACGUCAUCUAAGAAGCCGACUCUGCCGUCGAUUUCACCAAACAAUUUCUAACUUAAAGCCAUUGGACCCUUUCG